GAGCACCCAGCCCCGCCGUGCCGGCGGCCCCCAUGACGGGCAGCGGGGCGGCGGGGGGCUGCGCGCAUGCGUUGGGCCGGCGGGGCUCGGUGCUCCGCUCCCCUCCGCUCCGCUCCGCUCCAACUUGCCCCCGGCGAGGCGGCGGUGGCAGGGGAGCUGCCGGAGCCGGGAUGAGGGCGGCGAGGCGGGGCGGCCCGCUGGCCCUGCGGAUGCUGCCGGUGCUGCUGGUGCUGGCCGUGGCGUGCGCGGCGCGCAGCGCCGACGAGCCCAGCAACAUGUCCUACGUGAAGGAGACGGUGGACGGGCUGCUGCACGGCUACGACAUCCGACUCAGGCCCGACUUCGGAGGGCCGCCCGUCGGUGUGGGCAUGCGGAUAGAGAUCGCCAGCAUCGACGUGGUGUCCGAAGUCAACAUGGAUUACACCCUUACCAUGUACUUCCAGCAGUCCUGGAGGGAUAAAAGGCUUUCUUAUUCUGGAAUACCUCUGAACCUAACACUGGACAACAGAGUGGCUGACCAGCUCUGGGUGCCUGACACAUAUUUCCUAAAUGACAAGAAGUCAUUUGUCCAUGGAGUGACAGUGAAAAACCGAAUGAUUCGGCUCCAUCCAGAUGGGACAGUCCUUUACGGUCUGCGGAUCACAACAACAGCUGCUUGCAUGAUGGAUCUACGCAGAUAUCCUCUGGACGAACAAAAUUGCACACUAGAAAUUGAAAGUUAUGGAUACACAACCGAUGAUAUUGAAUUUUAUUGGAAUGGAGGAGAGUCUGCGGUAACCGGAGUUAGUAACAUUGAGCUCCCACAAUUUUCUAUUGUUGAUUACAAGAUGGUAUCAAAGAGAGUGGAGUUUACAACAGGAGCAUAUCCUCGGUUAUCACUUAGCUUCCGGCUCAAGAGAAAUAUUGGCUACUUCAUUUUGCAGACCUAUAUGCCUUCCACAUUGAUCACAAUUCUGUCAUGGGUAUCUUUUUGGAUCAAUUAUGAUGCCUCUGCAGCCAGAGUUGCUCUAGGGAUCACAACUGUGCUGACCAUGACCACCAUCAGCACCCACCUCAGGGAGACUUUACCAAAGAUUCCCUAUGUCAAGGCAAUAGAUAUUUACCUGAUGGGAUGCUUUGUGUUUGUGUUUCUGGCCUUACUGGAGUAUGCCUUUGUAAAUUAUAUAUUCUUUGGGAAAGGACCCCAACGUCAAAAAAAGACAGCAGAAAGGACAGGACAUGCUACAGGCGAGAAGAGCAGACUGGAAACAACUAGAGUCCAGGUUGAUCCCCAUGGAAAUGUGCUGCUUAACCCACUCGACAUAAGAAAUGACUUCAGCAGCUCAGGCAUGUUCACAAGUCUCCGUGACACCCAAGCCACCACGUAUACAUACGACAGCACCAGCCUGCAGUACAGAAGAGCCACUUCCAGCAGAGACCUCUACAGCAGGAGUGCUCUGGACAGGCACAGGCUUCAUAAAAAGGGACGCUUACGAAGAAGGGCAUCCCAGAUCAAAGUCAAGAUCCCUGACUUGACUGAUGUUAACUCCAUAGACAAGUGGUCCAGGAUGGUCUUUCCCAUCACGUUUAUUCUUUUCAAUGUUGUUUACUGGCUGUAUUAUGUACACUAAUUUAUGCAAUAAUGUUAUAAUACACUAACACAUCUGGACUUGUUUGUUUUCCUUCUCAAUUUUGUUAACUAUUAAGGACUGAAGUAGCCAUGUUACAUUUUCAAGGUGAAAUACCCAGCCAUUGAUUACUUCUAGGUUUAAACUUUUAAAGCAAACAAACAAACAACAACAACAAAAUACAAACAGACAUCAUAUUCAGAUCAGAAUAGUACAAAACUGCUCUCAAAGAGCGAGGUUGGACACAUGGCUCCUGAGGUGUUGCUUCUGCCACUGUCAGAGCUCAGAUUAGGCUAAUAGCCACUGCAUAUUGCCAGACAUAACCCCAGCCAAGGAGCUGCAGGCAAGAUGCCAGCAAGGUGCAUGCAGCUAAGGAGCAGUCGGUUGGUCAUCUCCUAUCUGUAUCAAGUCCCUUCCCCUUCCUUAUUGUCAGCUUUUUCCUAAUAGUGUUUAUAUUAAUUUACCUAACAUAGCAUUUUAUUGAAACAUAACUACUAUAAGUUAAAUUUUAUUUUGUGUUGAAAGUAUUUCAUACUUUUAGGAAACUCAAGAUAUACAACUCAAUAUGGCCUAUGUAAGUACCAAGACUAUCAAUCAUCUACAGAAAGAAACACUGAUCAGGACAGUAGGCAGCAAUAUGCACAUGUAGACAUUAGUAAGGAAUACAAAUGUGCAGUCUGGAAAGCUUCUUAAUCAGUUCCUCAUUGACUGGUGUAAGGUCUACUGAUGACCUUAUCACUAGUUGACAUUACAACUUUGCACUCGGAAUGUAAUAAUAAAAGAAACAUUAUUGAAUGUUAACAUUUGUCACAUCUCACCAGAACUGAACCUCUUUACAGAUCAGGACGCACUGCCUCUUCCCUUUGUUUGUGCAGCAGGCCUCUACAGAAAGAGACUAGAAUGAUAAAUCACUAAGCCAGAAAGGCAAUAGCUUUAAUGCAUUCAUUACAAAAUAUGUGAGGCUGCAAAACAGGCAUUUGGCAUUGCUUAUCCAGGUUGAUCCUUUAGUCUAUCAGUUUUGUUGUGAGCUCCAAAGUCCCCGUCUCAUCCCAGGUUCAAAGGACAUCAGGUCCAAUUUGAGAUGAUUCAGGAUAAUAUUAAUACAGUCAAAUGAGGGUACAACUCUUAUGAUUGUGCCCACUCUAAAAUAAUUCCAAAUAUUCCCUAAGUACUGCCCCACAUCAUCAGACUCAAACUGGGGCAGUGUAAUUACUUUUUUAGUAAAAUUUUUAAAAUGCUUAGACCAAGAAUACUUUAAUGACAACUAAUAAUAAUACAUUGGUAUCUUGAAAUAAAUAAUACAUAAAACAUAUGGAAGUCUUGCAUGCUAAGCAAGCUGAAUGUUUCAUAACUGCAAGAAAUAGCUCCAGGAGAGCAACGGUAGUAAGACCAUAUUUGCUGUCCAUUUAAAACACACACCCCAUUACGUGGUUUUGAAUUUAACAAAUUGGCAUUAGAGUAUACAAGCAGAGAGACUAAGUCAAUGAGCCAGUGAACUUGCAGACCUCUAAACCCCUCAGGAUGCAAUCUCUCUUCAGAUGCAUUUUUGGAGAGGUUUUGUUUGCUUCUUUUCUGAUGUUUGUUUGUGGUGUUUUUUGUUGAUGUUUGUUUGUUUGUUGUUGUUUUGUUUGUUUUUUUGUGUGUGUGUGUGUUGUUUUUUUUAAUAGAUUGGUACUCAUUACACAUCAUGUUGCCAUACUUUGGCUCAGCACUAACUAUCUCAGUAUUUAGGAGAAUAAUGGCUGUGAUACUUUAGAGAUCACUACAUACUUCUCUUUUACAACAGUAGUUUCUCUAUGUGCUACAGAACACCAGUAAAGCCUCCUUUGAAGUUCUAAAGUACCUUCAGUGUGAGGUUGAACCCAGGUUCCUCUCAGCAUCAGACCAAUAUCCACCAAUAACUAUAACUUUGCGUACACAUACCCACCUGUUGCUGUCAGCUAUAAAGGUACCCAACCUCAAAGGCAGUCUGCAACCCACUCCUAAAAAAUAGCACCUGAUUGUUACAGCACCCUAUUGUUACACUCAAGACCAUCUAAAUCAAAAGAGAAAAUAGCAAAAAAAAAAAAAGAAAAAGAAAAAAAAAGCUUUCAGAUGUUCCCCCACUCCUGUUAACCUCUCUCCAGCCCAACAAUACAAGGUCAAUAGAUUGGGCAUCCCUAAGGACAGAGGAGGAAGAAAGACCACAAAGACAGAAGUAAUAACUAAAGUAUAACAGACUCAAAGACAGUUUUGUGGUUAUACCUGGAAAUAAACUCAAAGGCAGCAAUACAUUCUGCAAAUUUGUAAUGUAAGAUGUGAAAGACAGCUGUCAGUGACCCAUGUUUUUGUAUUAACUGAUUUCCCAGAGAUAUUCCAAGGCAGAGCAUAGGUCAGUAAUUUAAUCCUGCUAUUCCAGUGGUGUGGAGACAGAGACAUUACAAUUUCUCCUGUGGAUAUUUAGGAAGAGCUAACAUCCAAUGCAAUACUGAAACAAGAACUUAAGUAAUAAAAAGGGAUGCUUUGCCUUCUGUUUUAAGAUUGAAGGUCUGCUUUAAUGGUCUUCAACAUAUUUUCUUUUAGACUCAUAGCAUUUGGAUACACAUAGUUUCUACCUCAUGUAUCAUCCAGUUAGUUCAUAAAAGUGCUAGCAUGUGGGCUAAAAGCAGUUACAUGUACAGUGUCAAGAAAAAAAAAGAAAAAAAAAAAAAAAAAAAAAAAAAAGAAUACGGAGCUGAGGAAAGUUCCCUAACUAGGAGCUGUGUAAAUGCAAUACUCCUUCAAAGUGGCAUGUUCCGGAAUAGCAGGGGUCCAGCCUAAUGCUUCAGGAGUCCCUUGGUGCAUGGCACUGACGGGAACCCCAGCCCCAAUGCAGGUUUUGUACAGCAUGCACCAAGCCCUGGCUGUGCUGGGGGCUGGAAGCCACCAUCCUGAGUGAGGAAACAGCUGCCGGCCCUCAGCAGUAAGAUUUGCAGCAGGGGCUAAUAGCCACAUCACACACAUGGGCAAGCAAUAUCUUACCCCAGAGCCAGCAUCUCCUGUCUCCCACUGAGCUCCUGUCAGCAUAUUUAACCAUUCUGGUAGGGAAAACAGAAUUUUGUGUAGAAGCUUGCAAAGCAUGACUGAUUUAAACAAAAACCUCUUUCUAACCUUAAAAGAGAAUUAAACCAAAACUGGGGAAUAGGGUGCAUAACCAUAACUAGCACAUUUUAUUUUUUCCAAUAGUUUUUAUAAAAAAAGAAAAAAAAACGCAGAACACUUCUCACUUGAGAGCAAUAGCUUGGCAGCAAGGAAAAGGCAGUGGUUAUUAGAGGCACAGGAUGGAAAAGAGGAGCUAUAUAUAGGGUACCCGUGUACUUUGCCAUCUGGUGUUAGAAGUUAGUGAGUACAAAAGAAACACAGCUCUUCCCAUGAGUAGGCUGGAGUCAUCUGAGUGGCUUUAAACAAUAAAAGUGAAUAACAGACACUUUACUGCUAAGCUCCAUCACUGCUAUAUUUUGGGAGUUAGUUUGCAUGCCCUCAGGAGCAGACUUCAAGCUCAGUGUAGAUAAGGUGCUAUUGCUAUUAGAUUUCAGCUAGGCCCCCCUUACAAUUUGUGCUGCUGUUUCAUGCAAUUCAUGAAUUUGAACAUAUUUAAAUAAACUUGUACUGGAAGUCCUUUUUAGAUAGCUUUCCCAAGGAUAAGAUCUUCUGUCCCUGGGUGUGUGCAUGCAUGUGUGUCUACCUGGGAGUCUGCCAAUAAUAUUUGACUCCACUAGCAGUUUUAACCAAAAGGUAACAGAAUAGUAAGGAUCUGUGAGGUAUUAUAUUCUUACAAGUUGCACCUAAACAGGUAGCUGCAGAUAGGGCAAAACUCCUGUUAAUCCAUCCCUCUUUUCUGGAAGAAAGGGAACUGCAGCCUUAUUAGCCAUCAGAGAAUCCGUUUGGUGCUUCAGUUCACUACCCAGAUCCACAGAAAAAUGGGGUUCGUUGGUUCUUGUACUGUUAAAACUAUUUUUUUCAGAGUUAUAGCAAUCUGUUAAUCUCAUUCUAAUCUUACUUCUCUUCAGCACUGUCCCACUCGAUUAUGAAUGAAAUGGCCAAGGGCUAACCCAGCAGGUAGCCUCUCUGGAGCACAUAGCUCUCUGAGAGCAGAGAUGAUUAAUCUGAUGGUUCACAUCUUGGUCUGUUUUGACCUCGUUAACAAUACAUCACCUGAUGCUAGGAAUCUUUCCCCCCAAACAGUCCACCACCAAAGAAGUCCCUGUGAACCUGGAGUAGCUUGCAGUUAGAAAAGGCUCCAGCCCUUCCAGUGCCUUUCAUCACUAUUAAUUUAGCUGAUUAAUCUGAAGGUAAGAAACAGCCAGAGCUUCUCUAUGUUAUGACUCCCACUGGUGCUAGCAAAUAUGGUGAGUACCUUUGAGUAAAAUUCCCGGCUACAGACAGCAGGAAGGGUUUAACACCCAGUAUAUUAUCCUCCAGAAACCAGCCUAAAAUACAAGGUUCUGCUCUUGCAAUGACCUCUCCAACAGACUGGCCUGGUGAGCCCUGCAUGGAGCUGUUUUGAAACCCACAGGAUUGUAAAGGUCCACAGGAUGACUCUUUGUGAGAUUUGUCAGCUUCUCCAUGUUUUGGCAGUGUGUUUUUUGUUUGUUUGUUUGUUUUGUUUUUGUCUGGAGGGGUCUUGAAGCAGGUAUAAAUCACAAACAUGCAGAGGGAAUGAAGUAUACUGACAAAUUUAAUUGAAGUAGAUUCAAAAUAAUAAAAACUAUAGACUAACGGUGCACUUAUGGAAGCAUGCUCUAGUAGCAGAAAAGGAAAAAUAAUCACUUUUUUCUAAUACUUUAUUAUGUAUAUUAAUUCACAAUUCAAAGUGUUAGUAAAGCGUGUAUACUUCAGAA